AUGCGAUUGAGUCAAUUUGAUUUCGAAAUAGAACACAGAAAAGGUAAAUUAAAUGUUAUUCCAGACGCACUAAGUAGGAUUCAAGUUGAUGCAAUCGCUACGCCAGCAACCAGUGAUGAGUGGUAUAGACAUGUAUACGAAGAUUGUCAGGCCAACCCUCGCAAAUAUCCCAACUUCAUGGUAAAAGACGAUAGAUUGCUUAGGUACUCUAAAAAUAAAUAUGAGUUAACGAAUGAGUUUAAUUGGAAGUUAGUGGUACCCGAGGAAGACAGGUUAGAUAUUUUAAAGAAAUGUCAUGAUGAACCAGUUAGUGCUCAUUUGGGUGUCUUUAAAACCCACAAGCGUCUUAGUCUUAAUUAUUACUGGCCCAGCAUGUACCGAGAGGUGAAAGAAUAUGUUAAAAAAUGCGAGAUAUGUAAACAAUACAAACCCGUCAACACGGCUAGACCUGGUUUAAUGGGAAACCCGAAGGAGUACUAUAACUUAAGAAAACGACAUGUUGAGUUAAAAGUAGGUCAGAUUGUAUAUAAACGUACCCAUUACCUAUCUAAUGCCUCAAAGAGAUUUACGGCUAAACUAGCACCAAAAUUUCAAAAAUGUGUCAUAACAGCGAAAUUAUCACCUUUAGUGUAUACCUUAGCCAGCAUGGAAGGUAAGACACUAGAUAAUUUUCACAUAAAAGACAUCCUUAAACAAGAUGACUAA